GGAGUGACGUCGUAGCUCGGUGGCUGAAGCUGACCUGCUGAAUCUGCCCAGUGUCCCGUAGGGAAGAGCCGGAGUAAGUGCGUCCGUCGUUCCGUCCGUCUGACCCGCUUCCCCCAUUGAGAGUUUCGUGGCCUACCGAGUUCCUCCGAAGGUGAAGGGAUGGCAUUUGUGAAGAGUGGUUGGCUGCUUCGACAAAGCACGAUUUUGAAGCGGUGGAAAAAAAACUGGUUUGAUCUGUGGUCAGAUGGCCACCUAAUCUAUUAUGAUGACCAGACUAGGCAGAAUGUAGAAGAUAAGAUUCACAUGCUGGUGGACUGCAUCAACAUCCGAAUGGGAAAUGAAUGCCGGGAUUUUCAUCCUCCUGAGGGUAAGCCAAAAGACCGCAUACUGCAAAUUGUUUGCCGAGAUGGGAAAACUAUCAAUCUUUGUGCAGAAAGUGAAGAUGAUUGCUUGGCCUGGAAAUUUGCACUCCAGGAUGCCAGGACAAAUACAGCUUAUGUUGGCUCAGAAGUCAUGUAUGAUGAGACUGCUGUUGCUUCAUCUCCUCCUCCUUAUACAGCUUAUGCCACACCAUCUCCUGAGGUAUUUGGCUAUGGUCAAUAUCAUGGCGCAUACCCUCCAGGAACUCAAGUUAUCUAUGCUGCUAAUGGGCAGGCUUAUGCAAUACCAUACCAGUAUCCAUAUCCAGGAACUUAUGGACAGCAACCUGCCAACCAUGUCAUCAUCAGGGAGCGUUACCGGGACAACGAUGGAGACCUGGCUCUGGGCAUGCUGGCUGGGGCAGCCACUGGCAUGGCCUUGGGAUCUUUGUUCUGGGUCUUCUAAGUUUCUCUACAUCUUUGUAUUUGUAGCUUCCAAAACCUUUAUUUAUUUUCUGUGUGCAAUAAUAUAUUUUGCAAGGUAUUCCUGUUUUACUGUAAAGAUUUUUAAUGACAAUUACAAUAGUACUUUUAAAAUAGUGACAUCUUAAUUAUAAUUAGUAUAAAUUUCACAAGGCAGGAUUGUAAGUGUGCUGUUCAGUUGAAAUAUGCGUUAAAAGGAUAUUUGAUCAUUUCAGACUCUUUUAUGGAACUUAGUUGUAUGAGAAGGACUUACAUGAGCUCAUUCAUUUUGAAGAACAUUAUCACUGCAGUGUUAAAUGCAGAGCAGAAAAGAUAGCUUUGUCAUCCAUAUUAUGCACCUCAUGUAAUGACCCCUGAAUAAGUGAUUAUUUCUGGCAGGGAAAAAAUUAAUCCAACUGCUAACUCUCAACUUAAGAAUUAACCGUGGGACAGUCUGGGUGUUGCUGUUGGCAUGGCAGGGUGGUAAACUAUGCAUGAUAAAGCAAUAUAGACUUUUUGCACUACACACUCCAAAGAAUAGUCCCCAAGGCAGUGGUGACACUCCAUAUACCUCUGUAGUUGGCUCUGUCAUUAUCCAGUGGUGCUCUACUGGUGGGCCUGUUUUCUCUGUUGUGAAUGGAUUUAUUGAAUCCUAAAGAUUGGAACCGGUAACUUUCUUGUAAAGACAUGCCAGUCAGGACAAACUCUUGUAAAUAGGGCUGGAAACCUACAGUUCUUUGACACAGUUCUCAACCAUGGAGAGUUGUAAAAGCAGUUUAGAGGCUGAGGUGAUUGGAAUUUUUUCUUUGAAAGUCUGUACGGCCCAUGCUUUUAAAAUAUAGACAUGACUUUUACCUUCUUAACUUUUUUUUUGAAAACAUAUUCACAGUUCAGACCUCCAUUGAGUGCAUUUUUAUAUUGUGUAUCUGAGCCAUCUGCUCUCUUCUCACCUUGUUUUGAAAAACAAAUAUGUUACCAGCUUACAAGUAAUGAUUUUUUGGUUUUAUCUGGUUGGUCUGCUAUAAAAUAUUGUUCUAAGAGUGGAACAGACUGAAGGCAUUUAUAGCCAGUAAAAGUAAGGAGAAAGAAUUAAAAUCAAACUCAGGGUUAUUAGAUUGAGUGUUGAGUUCUUGAUCAUUUUGUAGAGUUGAUAUAAGUGGAAGCUUGAAGGAGGCUAAUGGAAAGAAUUAAUAAUAGGAGAAAAUGAUUAUAGAAAUUAGGAAAGAGGUUUGCUUGAGCACAUGAAACUAAAUCUGUAUAUUGUUAUAUAGAUCAGUAAACAGCUGAUUUAGUGUUAUUUCAUGUGACUUUCAGCUAAAACUUAUUUUUGCCAACAACUUUUAACAUACUUUGAAAAUGUGUGUAUUCUUCAAUCCCAUUUUAAUUUUUGUGAUAAAACUCUUAAGAGAGUCCUCCUCAUCCUCACGGAUAGUAUAAUCUUUUUUUCAUGGACCAUUUGAUAAAAAUCUGCUUUCCUUUACUUGAAAACCCAAAAUGAUUUAUUCUCCAAAUCUACACUUAUUUAAAGAUGAGAAAGCAAUAGGAGGGAAACAAAGGCUUAGGGUGAGAAUGAGAUGUACAUUGUUAGUGAACAGUCAUUCCACAGUUUUUAAUGGUAGGAUUGUCUCAUAUUUAGAUUGCACAUGUUUUUUGUUUCUUGUAUUAUCUAUAGUUCAGGCAUUUUUGCUGCUUCCUAAAAUUUCAAAUGAAAUUUACUUAAAACCUACUAAGUUAAUUAAAGUAUAUUUAAGGUGUCAGGGAAAUAGGACGAGAGCCAUGUUUGUAAUGUUAAAGAAACUCAAGAUUAUCUUAGGUCGCACUUUGCAAAUGAUGCUAUUAUCUCUUUCUCUGAAACAUGUAAAAAGUUGAUGAUUGCACUGUCAUAAUUAACUAGAGUUACGUUAAAAGAAUAUAAGUGAUUUAAUAUACAUAUUGUUAUCGGUGGAAAGAUAGCUACUCUGUUUGACCAAGUAGACAGGCACAUUUGUUCUCGUUAAUUCCUAUCCAAAGCCUACAAUUUGUGGAUAUGCUUCUUUGGAACCCAGUUAGUGAAAUUAUGUAAAAGAAUGAAACAAUCAGAAUCUAAAAGGUAAACCUAAAACACAUCAGGCAGCUAACACCAUACAGUGAUUUGAUCAUUCCAUAAUUUAUUGAAUGUUUGCUAUGCGCAAGACAAAUCUAUAGUCCUAUAUUAUUUCCUAAUUUAUAUAUAAGUUUCUCUAUUUUCUCUGAUGUAGGAUUUUUUUUUAAAACUAGUUUUAGAGUUCGAGAUUUUUUUCUGUCAUGGUAUAGUGAUGAUAAUUCCCAUAAAGUCCAUUCUUUAUCACAUGAAUUCUAUUUAGUAUUUGGAUGACAUAUCAUUUUUUCCUCCUGAUUAACUACUUCUAUGUCUGAUGAUACUUAACACUCCAUGUCAGAUUGAAGGUCAAACCAGCUUUAUAAUGAACUCUCGGAUUCUUGGCAGUUUCUGUAGGCCUUUUCUUUCUUUUUUUUUUUAACUGGAGAUGUCUGCUUCAGCAGACAGGAAACGUACACGAGUGCCAUCUCACUUGAUAUUUGACAGUUGGGGGAAAAAGUCACAUAAGAUCUGAUUGUAUAAUCGAUCGAUGCUUUAAAAUCAUUGCUGUUAAGACUUUGAAUUGUAUGUGAUAAGAAUAUUAAAAUUGUAACGAUUUAGACAAUGUAGUUUAUGUGAAUCCUCUAAAGCACUGUGAAUUGAAGGGAAAUAUUUGCAAUAAAGUAGCUUUGAAUGUUGCA